GAAGACUUGGCGAGUGCUAGCGAGGUUGAGUUAUUUCUUCCGCCAGAUUUGUGCUAGGGAGUUAGACACUAAAGUGAUUGAGAAGCUGGAUGAACAGGCACCCAUGUUGCUUUGCGAUCUAGAGAAGAUCUUUCCUCCAGCGUUCUUUAAUCCGAUGCAACAUAUGAUCCUCCACCUCGCGAAGGAAUGCUUAAAGGGGGGGCCGAAUUGGGGCCGUUGGCAGUUUGGUCCCGAGAGAGAAACACAAAAGCUUCGUCAGAUGACUGGCAAUAAAUGCAAGAUCGAAGCAUCCAUAGCCGAGGCAGUCCUGAACGUGGAGGUGGCAAACUUCACCACUAAGCACUAUGAUCCCAACAUUCCCACAAAGCACAACCCGGUCCUCCGUUACAAUGCCGCCAACAAUGAAGAUGUACCCAAGCUUAGCAUCUUCAUAGGGCUUGGCGGCAAGUCAAGUGGCUCGAAGCCGUACACAACGAAUUUACAUGAGCGGGAGUUGAUCCACUCAUAUGUCUUGAACACCAUGGUGGAAGUGAAGCCGUACAUCAAACAAUUCACGGCUAAAUAUUGGAGGUAUACCCACAGGGAUCCUACCUCGGAAGAAUCCAAGGAUAUUUUCGAUAAGGGCGGCGGUCACGGUUUCAGUAGCUGGUUCUGUGGUUUGGCAAGAACUGACAAAGACAUGAAUCCCUUGCUACGAAAAAUUGCUAGGGGCUUCAACCAUUCCGUCGACUCGUUCAAUUCUUAUGACGUGAACGGGUAUCGCUUCCAGACCCAUCAAUACACAACAAGCCGUCCAAACAAGAAGACAAUAAAUAGCGGGGUGGUAUGUCAAGGUGAUGAUGGACUCCAUUACUAUGGAAGAGUCGAGGGUAUAUACGAGCUGAAUUACGGGUUUGACAAAGGGCUAAAUCCCGUCGUAUUCAAAUGCCAUUGGUUCGACCCACGUCGCGUGAGACGGGAUCCUGAAAUUGGAUUGGUCGAAGUUGAAAGAAGCUCUGUUUAUAAGGGAGAGGACGUGUACAUUUUGGCCACCCAAGCCUUCCAAGUAUUCUAUCUCCCGUACGCGUGCCGAAACCCGACCAAACGUCUACAUGGAUGGGAUGUUGUGAUGACGGUUCCUUCACGCAUUAGGCCACCCCCGCCAAACAAGGACGAUUACCGCCGCGUAGACCCCUCAACAAGGACUGAUGAUUUUUAUCAAGAAGAAGGGCUCCCCGGUCAUUUCACUAUCGACUUGUCGGCCGUUGUUGAUAACAUGGUCGUAGACGAUGAGCAAGAAGAAGAUGCGGUUAUGGAGGAAGACAAUGAAGAAUAUGAAGCUGAGGAUGUGUGUGCCGUAGAAGACCUAAGUUUGCUCGAGGCGUUCAAAGCAGGCAUUGACCUAGAUCCAAAUGGACCACCUCCAGGUUUCAUCGAUGAUUAUUGGUUCGCUGAGCCUGAUGAUGAUGAAACAUGUGGUCCAAAUACGGAUGUCGACAUAGGCUACUGAUCUAUGUAGU